AUGCCGGGCUUUCAGCAGGAAGCUCAGUGGUAUUCAAACCCGGAUUUAACUACACCGGGACAGCCUAGUACAUUUAAAAAACCUCUGUUACUUUGUACUGUGAAACGCCCAUCAGAAACAUACAUCUGUGAAGAGAUUCAAACCAAGACAUGGCAACCAGGCAGCCAGAUGCAGCCUGAAGUGCUACUCAUAUCUGCUGGAAUGAGCUCUAAAACGAAAGUUCUUGCCGUUCACCCACGUCAUUAUCUCUUGAAGAGUAUUCCAAUUAAUAGUCACCGCUUCAAGAAGAAAAUGAGUGUUCAGUCAUUUCACUUAUCGGAAUUAGAGGAAAAAGCGCGUGCUAAUGCACUCAAAAGAGUGUCGGAUAACUUUCAAAAACCAGAACAACUGGAUAAAAUAGACCUUAUCAAAUCUCGGUUUUUAAACCAAAAGACUGCCACAGAAGCCCAAUUAAAGAUGGCACUAUACAGUCAAUUGGAUGGUAGUAAAGUUGGAUUAGAAAAGUUGGAUGCUGCUCUUGAGGAAUCACAUACCUGCAGAAAUCGGCUCAUCCAGUUGGGAUCAUCCUUGGGUACUUUGGCUGGUUUGUCUCGUCAGCUGCAUGAACUAAAAAAUCUUUCAACUAAAUACAGUCAGCUUGGUGCAGCUAUGGAGAAUAUGAGCUAUCUUGUCAAAGCACCUGAAAAUUUUGAACAGGCUCGAAAUUAUAUAGAAUCGGAGAACCUUUUAGAUGGUCACAAAAUAAUGCAAGAAUUGGAAGGUAUUCGAGAUGAAUUAAUGUACGAAGUGUUUCGACAAAAGUCCAUGGAGGAUUUAGAUACAUUACGUGCAUUUUUCCGGGAACUUGAAGAUUUGAAUGAAAUGUUUCGACAUAAAAUAAUCAUGCUUGGAUCACGUUUAACUAGUGCAGUAAUUACGCAUAAUCGUUUUGUUGUGAAUUGUGUUCGUGUUAUCGACCGCGAGGAAAGGGCUGAUGCAACUUGGCGGAAAAAGUCAGAAAAACAUGGUUUUAUGCCGGAUGGACGACCGAAACAAUGGAAGAAACUACUGUUUGACAGUGUUUUUAACAAUAUAAAAAAUAAAGUAUUCGGCAGUGCAUUGGACAGUGAAAACGAUAAAAAUAAACUAGUUCGACACAAUGAAGCCAUUAGACAGCAUACGCUAGCCGACCUGAAGAUAGCAAAGAAUAUCUGCCCAACAUAUUUCCCAGCUGACUAUGCUGUAUUUGAUCGGUUCGUGGAGAUGUAUCAUGAAGCCAUUGGAAUGCAUGUUGAAAGUUUAGUGCUUGAAGGUUUAUCCGACACAGAGAUUGUCCAGUUACUUGGUUGGAUCAAUUCAUAUCAUACUGAAGAAUUUAUGAAGAAUCCUUUCAUGAAUAUUGACUUCAAUCGGUUAAAUUUAAAGCGUCCGAUUAAUUUGUUACCUGAAGAAACAUUGAAUACACUUCGAAAGCAGUAUGUUUCCAAAACCAUUGAACGUUUAAAAUCAUGGCUAGCGAACUCUCUUCUGAAGGACACCUCUGAUUGGCAACGUUCCACCGGUCCUGAGUUAGACGGGUCUUCCAAUUAUUUCACUGACUUACCUGUAUUGGUCAUGACACCUGUCAAUGAAAUGAUUGGUAAAGGGAAUUUAUUACACUACUUGGGCAACGCUGUUAAAGAACAAUUUCUUACUCAGUGUGUUGAAGAAAUGAAGUUGUUCGCCAAAGAUUAUGAUGACGAUAUUAAGAAAUACCGUGCAGCGUAUAUACAAGACAGAUCGAAAUUCCCCUGCUACAUAGAGUAUAUUCUAGCCAAUGCAAACGGCGCUCAUAUGAUCGCGCAUAGUUUUGUCACGGUAAUUAUGGAAGAAUUGGCUGAAGAUUCAUACCUCAAAGGGAAUUUAUCAGCUCGAAUUGGCUACUUAAAAUCAGAAUAUGAAAAAAUUGCUGAACAAUGGAUCACGUAUGCCGAAGAAACUGUAUUCAUGGAUUUAAACCGGGUUCUUGGUGUUGUUAUGACUGCCAAAUGGUUACGGCCUGAUGACAUGACUACACAAUAUCUUGUUGGUACACUAGCAGAUUACGAUGAAACAGUGAAGCAUUUGAGACAAAAUUUAUAUGAAAAAUUAGCUGAAAAGUUGGCUGAACGAAUGUUGAUUGAGUAUUUGAAAGCACUGAUUAUCAGACGUUGUCCAUUUUCCUCGGAGGCGGACAGAAGAAAAGCAGGUGAGAAAAUUAUACGAGAUGGGAAUGACCUUAAAAAUUAUUUUGAAGAAAAGAUGAAAGUAAAAAGUGAGGUAAUCGCAGCCUACGACGCUCUCACCACUAUUGGUCAGUUGUUCCUUACAACAGAUACAACAAUGUUGCCUUUGGAUGUUGCGAAUUUGAAACGUCAAUUCCCUGAUAUUCGUCCAGACCAAGUCUAUGCUUUGUUAAUGGCACGUGGAGAUGUUUCCUCAGAUAAUGCUAAAAGUCUUUCAGCGGACACUCAUUACGGAAGAGAACUAUCGCAGAGGCCAUCGCCAUUCACAAUUUUCACACGAUUAGCCGUGGCAAUGGAUCAACAUUAA